AUGAAGUCCUUUCUGGGUAACCUGGCACUAGCCGGCACCGCUCUCGCGGCAAACAAUGUCUCUCUGCCCAAUGGCUGGUUCACCAUCCCCCCGGCCCAGAAGAUCUCACCAGGUGACUUCCACGGGCAGCCUCGCUACCUGACAUGGAUGGCCGACAGCCAGAUCAAGCACGGCAUUGAGCCCACACACGCCUACACAGUGUCGGCGCUGCUGUCCGGCGUGAAGCUCGCGUACGACCGCACCCAGGACGAUAAGUAUAAGGCGUACAUUGAGAAGCACGCAGACAUCCAGCUCUACCCGGCCAACGAUGGCAGCAUCCUCAUGUACAACAACAGCAACUCCAUUGAUGACAUCCGCUUUGGGCAUACGUUCCUCGACAUGUACAACAUUACUGGCGGCGAGGAGAUCUACAAGACUGCGGCCAAAUUCCUCAGGGAUCAGAUCGACCGCAGCCGCCGCACCCCAGCUGGAGGAUUCUAUCAUCGUUACCCAGACUACAUUGAUCAGAUGUGGUUGGAUGGAAUCUACAUGCUGGAUGUGUUCUAUGCCCGAUGGACGUACGAGUUCGAGCCUGAAAACACGACGGCCUGGGACGAUAUCGCCCUGCAAUUCGACCUGAUCGAUGCGGGCACUACUGUAGAUCGAGAGCGCACGAAUGGGCUGCCGCUCCACGGAUUCGAUGUCUCCAAGACGAAGGUGUGGGCUGAUCCCGAGACCGGUGCAUCGCCUCACGUGUGGGGCCGUGCUGUUGGAUGGUACAUCAUGGCACUCGUAGACACGCUUGACUACUUCCCAGAGGACCACCCCGGCAGGGAGCGCCUCCUGACCUACCUGCAGAGCCUGGCGGACGCCAUCGUCGCCGCCCAGGACAAGGUGUACAAGGGCUGGUACAACAUCAUGGACCCCGGCAUGGAGACGCGCUCGGGCAACUACAUCGAGAGCUCCGGCUCGUCGAUGUUCGUGUACGGGCUGCUCAAGAGCCUGCGCCUCGGCUACAUCUCCGGCGAGCAGUACGAGGCGGCGGCGACCAGCGGGUGGGACCUCAUGACCGGCACUUUUGCGGAGAAGACGGAGAGCGAUGGGGCUUUGGUUUUUGGCUGGACGGUGCAGACGGGGAGUCUGAGUUCCAACGGAACAUUUGAGUACUACGCCAGCAUUCCUCUCUUCGAAAAUGACCUCAAGGGUGUGGCGCCAUUCAUCUUCUCGGCCUAUGAAUACGAGCUUUAUGUUGAGGGGCAGAACUAG